AAAGAUGAAUGAUUUUUAUUUAAGAGAACUAGUCCCGGGUUUAAUGCAGAGAUUGCAUGGCUAAAAUUUAUAACAUAAAGGGUUUCGUUUUGCGCCUUCAGGAAAUCAUUUUCUGCAUGUACAAAAGCUGCAAGCACAUUUCAUUAACUGAAGAUCUUACCAGCUGGUGCACUAGUAGUUUUCAGAAUGCACAAGAUUUCAAAUAAAAGAAAAGUAGAUUUAAUUCUACAUGGGAUGCCUUGUGCCCAUCUUCAGAAACAGACUGAAUCACUUUUCAGAGAGCCAGUGUGGUGUAGUGGUUAAGAGUGGUAGUCUCGUAAUCUGGGGAAUCGGGUUCACGUCUCUGCUCCUCCACAUGCAGCUGCUGGGUGACCUUGGGCCAGUCACAUUUCUUUGAAGUCUCUCAGCCCCACUCACCUCACAGAGUGUUUGUUGUGGGGGAGGAAGGGAAAGGAGAAUGUUAGCCGCUUUGAGACUCCUUAAAGGGCGUGAAAGGCGGGAUAUCAAAUCCAAACUCUUCUUCUUCUACUACUAUUAUUCAGCAUUCAUAUUGCCAGUCCAUACUGGAUAGGGAUGGGAAUUGUACUGUACCAACAACAAACUUUUAUGGUUUUUGUUGCAGGAAGAUACAUCAGCUCUUCCAUUGUGGGAAGAUGUCUGGGUUCUCGCAAGUAAGAUAGAUAGGAUGGCAGGGCAUAAAAAUCUUAGGUAACAAGGAUCUAUUUUACACUAUCAAAUUAUUAAGCAUUAAUAUUAACAUUUUUAGAUUCAGUACCAGAGCAAGAUGCCUAACAUUUCACCUGCCAAAUCAAUAAUUUUGGGGAUAUGCUGCAGUGUUACAUUUAUGAGAUGUAAGGAACUGGUAUUCAAAAUGAAUACAGAUUCUGAGAUGCCACCAUAAUUGCAAGCUGUUGUGGGAAACUUUCAUAUUCAGUGCUAAUGCAUCUAGCUACAAGCCUUGCAAGAACCCUACAAUGCAGGGAAGGGGAACAUAGUGGCCUUCCAGCUGUUAUUGGACUACAACAACCAGCCAGCAUAAUUAAUCAAUGGUCAGGGAUAAUGGAAAUUACAGUCCAGCAUCUCAACAACUACAGUUGCCCCUGCUGUAAGGUCAAUUAUUAUUGUUAUCCCACAUUGUAGGUGUGUAGCUUGGGUACUUCAUUAGAGACCCAUGCUCUUUGAGGCUAGGAGUGCCUUUUACCAGCUUUGUCUGGUUUACCAGCUACAGAUGUUCUUUUCCAGUGUAGUCCAUGCACUGGAAACCUUGAGGCUGGAUUACUGCAAGGUGCUCAGUGUGGGGCUGCAGAAGGCACCUGACAUGUGACACCAUUAUUUAAAACAUCCUUUAGCACCAUCAGCUGUGUCUUGUGGAACCCUUUGCCAACAGGGAUUCAGCAGGGGCCCUCUAUUUCAACUUUGCUGAAAACUUUUCUAUUCUGUCAGGCUUAUGCAGGCAAUUAACAACACAUCUUUCCAUAAUAAUCAGAUCUGAUUUUAAAUUUUUCAUAUGGUUUUCUUUAUAACUGUUUUAAAUCACCCUGAUGGGGUUUUUUUAUGAAUAGUGGUAUAUAAAAAUAUUUUAAUAACAUGAAUAAAUAAGGGGGGAGGUUUAAGUUUGAGAUUGACUUGAAAAGGCCACCUAGUUAAUUCAGGGUAGAGGGAAGAUUUAAACUAGGAACAUCCUUGUGUGUAGCUCAGUCUCUUAGUCACCAAUUCCUAUCACUGAAUGGUUGCAGUUGGUGAAUGUACUAUGACAAGCUGAGGACUUAACAGGAAUUGCAGGGAAGGGCAUGAUUCAAGUUGCCCAUUGUGCAAUAGUAUGAGAUUUUGCUACGUUCUAGGGUCUAGAUAGGACCAAACACCAAACCUGAGAAUCUCAGCAUUGCAAUCCAAUUACUGUAAAGCACUGACUGCAGAGAUUUGGGGUAAACUGAGCAGGAAGCUUUGGUGUGCAUCCCCAAACUUACCGUAAGUUCACCAAGCCUUCCAGGAUAAUUCAAGAAGCUACUAGGGAACCCUUGGAGGAGUUAUAAAUUAAACAACUAGGAAGUGCUUUUCUUCCAAUGCCAAUUAAAUUUCUCUCACCCAGAAUUCUUUUUUACUUCAAUGUGGCCAAUGCCUAUUUUGAACUAAGAGAAGGGGUGAAAGCCUUAUGGUAUACAUUUGCUAACCUAAUACCCUUUUCCAGGGCACGAUAAAUGGUCACUCACUUGAUCAGGCUGAUUAUGUUCCAGCCCAUGCUGUUUUUCCCUCUCCCUCCACUCCCCAUCUCCCUGAACCCUCAACACUCCAGAAAACUCAGUCCUCAGGAGGUUGUUUUGUUUUAAAUUAAAAACAAAUAUUUUUCUGGAUACCUGGGGCAUCUCCAGACUGGUGGGGUUCCCCCGCCCAGGUGUAUUCUGCAACAUGUUACUGAUGCAAUAAUAAGCCAUUAGCAGAUUUAUAGUUGACCAUCCACACAUCUUUCUGCUUUACUAAGUUAUGUGAUGCUUCCCAAAUGACGACACACCAUUGCUACCCAGAAGGUCACUCUUCCUCUAUGGCACAACAAAGUCUGGGAAAACAAAACCGGCAGCAUUUGUGGUAUGAAAAGUUACAGGACUUCAGCAAAAAGCUGCUCCAGAAUGAAGCAGUAGGUCUGCGCCAAAAUCUUUGCAGGUGCAAACAGUAUUGAGAGCGGGAUCAAGGAUAACCACUCUGUUCUACCAUCUUGGUUGGUGACAGAUAGAGAAACAAUGAAUGCACAAGAAAAAGGAGCACAAGAAAAAGGCUUCUGGAUUGGGACUAGUAAACCUGUCCCAAAAAACGGGCAAAAACAGAGGAGGCAGCAAUGGCUCCUUAUCGAAAGUAGCCCUAUGUGUUUACUUUUCUCUCUUGGUGGCUCAGUCGAGAUAAUUAUUUAUUGUUCAUUCCUGUAUUCCUCUCUUCCCUCCACAGGGCCCCAGGAUGGCUAACCACUACAAAAUACAAACACAAUAAAAACAAUAGUUAUGCUAUCAGUAAAAUAUAUUAUGAAUAAUUAAAACGUUACACAAUGAAAAAUCAAACAGUUAGGCUCCUGUCCAAUUUGUCCUAUCCUGGUAAAACAAAUUACAUUUUUAAUUACGUCCAUGUGGGAGAACCACCAAUUUCGACCACAGAGUAUGUUCCACAGAUGUAGCCACCAAGAAGGCCCUGCUCCUUAAUGGGACUGUAAACAGACUUCUCCCCACCCCCUGAUUUUCAUAGCCUAGAGGGAGCACACAGGCAGGGCCAGAUUUAAGUUUGAUGAGGCCAUAAGCUACUGAAGUUAAUGUGGCCCUUUAUAUGUCCAGCUGUCCUUUGUCAACAACAAAUUGUCACUGUUUUUUGUGUUGAAUAUAUGCUAUAUAGUAAUUUAUGGACCUAAUAGGUAUCUAAACACAUGCAACCGGUCCAUGCAGAAUGUAGGCACCCUAUAUAUAGAAAUGAGCAAACCAGUGAUAUUUUAGGGAGCAGGCUAGCAGGCAGGGCCCAUUACUUACAUCACAGGAGCCUACACAACACAAUACACUGUUGCUGUAUGUAGGUUUUGUUUUAUUUGCUUUUUAUCUUAUAUUUUGGAAAUGUACAUCUUUUUUCCCCUUUAAUUUUUUGGGGGCCCCCCAAGAGAGUGGGGCCCUAAGCUAUAGCUUGUUUAGCUUAUACGUAAAUCCGGCACUGCACACAGGCAUCCAGGUGGGCAAAGACAGCUGCUCAUGCAAACUACAGCUGCUGCCGCCUCUCACUCACCUGUGCACUUCCCCUUUGGGUGGCAUAAUGGUGGGAGCUGAGCGUAGGGAGCCCAAUUGUCCCCUCCACCUUGAGAAGCAGACAGUGAGGAAGUAGGAUAGCGCAGGAAAGUACUGUACAGAGAAGACAGGCAAGCAGUAGUAGUUGCCCCUUGUCACCAUCACUGAGAAUUGCCAGGACCAAGGUUCAAAUCCCUAGUCAAUCAUGAAGCUCACUGGUUGACCUUGGGGGCCAGUCACUGCCUCUCAGCUUAACCUACCUCGCAGGGUUGUUGUGGAGAUUAAAUAAGGAGGGGGGAGAGCCAUGCACAGAACCUUGAUCCCCUCCCCGAUUGCUAUGCCAUCCAGAAAGCGAGCGCCGGAGGAGCCUGCUCCCUGUAGCAGCAGCAACAAUUAUUAUUAUUAAAUAUUUAUACCCUGCCCAUCUGGCACAGUUUCCCCAGCCACUCUGGGCGGCUUCCAACACAAUAUUAAAAUACAAUAACCUAUGAAACAUUAAAAGCUUCCCUAAACAGGGCUGCCUUCAGAUGUCUUCUAAAAGUCUGGUAGUUGUUCUUCUCUUUGACAUCUGGUGGGAGGGCGUUCCACAGGGCGGGUGCCACUACCGAGAAGGCCCUCUGCCUGGUUCCCUGUAACCUCACUUUUUGCAGAGAGGGAACUGCCAGAAGGCCCUCGGAGCUGGACCUCAGUGUCCGGGUAGAACGAUGGGGGUGGAGACGCUCCUUCAGGUAUACUGGACCGAGGCCGUUUAGGGCUUUAAAGGUCAGCACCAACACUUUGAAUUGUGCUCGGAGCCCCUUGGCUUGCUCGCCUCUCCUUUCCAGUCAGCACCAGGGGGAACUGGGCUCAUGGAGAAGAGCAAGAUCCCUAUAGUAACCUCACCAUAACGUGAAGCCAAGCCCCGCCCCUCGAAAGCAGCUCUGUUGGGUGACCGAGAGAAAACUGAGUCUGAGGUGCUUCCAGCCUCCGCCCCGCCGACCGAGAGAGGCCGGCGCAGAGCGAGGGCGGAAGGCACGGAAGCGGGGAGGAAGGGCGGGGCUCGCCGUCUGCCGGCUCGGCCUUCCAGUGCGGGCAGCGGCGAGGCGAGCGAGGUGGGUGGACGGCGGCUGCGUCCUAUUACUAUUACUACUGCUGCGAGAGGCGGUCGAGAUGUUCAGCUGGCUGAAACAAGGCGGGCGCCACCGGCCCGGGGAAGGCGAGGACGUGGUGGAGACGGUGACGGGCGGCCUGAAGGAGCUUUACGCGAAGAAGCUGCUGCCGCUGGAGGAGCACUACCACUUCCACGAGUUCCACUCGCCCGCGCUGGAGCCCGCCGACUUCGAGAACAAGCCCAUGGUGCUCCUCGUGGGCCAGUACAGCACCGGCAAGACCACUUUCAUCCGGUAGGUCCGGCGCGCGCGCUCGCCGCCUGGGGGAGACGCCUCCCGGCCUCGCCAGGCGGCGAAGGGCGCGUCACCUCAGGCACGCACGUCUCCCUUCUGGCCCAAACUGGCCCAUCUCUCCCUUUGUGAAGCCCCAGGCGCCGCCUCCUGCUGCUGCUGCUGCUGCUGCUGCUGCUGCUCCUCCUCCUCCUUCUUGUUAUUAGUCUAAAGGUGAUAUAUAUAUAUGUACAUGGAGGUCUUCUUAUAAGGUCCGCCACAUGCCUUGGCUGGGCUCCUGUGCCUGCAACCACAAGGGGGAAAUCUUUCAGCUGCUCAGUGUCUCCUUGACCUGCCUUUGGAAGUGCAGGAGGGGUGAGGCAACCCUCUUGUCAUUUCUGAGCAAGUAACUCAAAUAUGACUAACUUCCAGGUCAUUGCCCCACAGUCGUUUGAAAAAGUGACACCUGCCAAAGUUUGUUAUAUUGUCCUUUAUAUUUAUAGCCUCUCUUUCCUCCAAAGAGCUUAAGGUGGCCUUCGCCAUCUGUCCUCACAACAACCCUGUAAAGUAGGUUAUGGCGAAAGGAGGUGACUCGCCCAAGGAAACUCGAGAGGAUUUCGUGGUCAAGUGGGAAUUUAAACCUGGGCCUAGUUGAACCAUUGCACCUUGCCUAUUAGUUCCAAAAAUGAUUAGCAAGUUUGGGUUGUAGGGAUUUUUUGUUCUUUUGCUGUGGGUCCACUUGAUUACUGUUAUCCAUCCCUGUCAUAAAAGUGGGGAGAAAUAAAGUCAGCACCCUGUGAAUGGUGCUUGUAUGUAUAUUGCCACAUUUUGGAAAUGUUUAGAUACAUUUUUGUUUUAUAGCGGUAUUUUUAAUCUCUUCAGUGGUUGCUCAGCUCCUUUGGAAGGAAGGGCAGGAUGAAAACUCAGUAAACAAUGAUAACAUCCUUGGAUCAGUCAUGAUUUGGAAGGCAUGGGGUUAUAAAUGUAUGUAUGCUGUUGAGGGACGCAGGUGGCGCUGUGGGUUAAACCACAGAGCCUAGGAUUUGCCGAUCAGAAGGUCGGCGGUUCGAAUCCCCGCGAUGGGGUGAGCUCCCGCUGCUCGGUCCCUGCUCCUGCCAACCUAGCAGUUUGAAAGCACAUCAAAGUGCAAGUAGAUAAAUAGGUACCGCUCCGGUGGGAAGGUAAACAGCGUUUCCAUGUGCUGCUCUGGUUUGCCAGAAGAGGCUUAGUCAUGCUGGCCACAUGACCCGGAAACUGUACGCUGGCUCCCUCGGCCAAUAAAGCGAGAUGAGCGCCGCAACCCCAGAGUCGGUCACGACUGGACCUAAUGUUCAGGGGUCCCUUUACCUUUACCUUUUAUGUAUGCUGUUAACUAUGAUAGCAAAUACGUGAACUUGCCAUAAGAUGUGGAGGUUUGGUGAAUUUCAAAAGAAGGGUCUGUAGUAGCGAAUGGUGAUGGGUUCUCUUGUUUCUCCCAGCCAGCCUAACUAACACAUGGGUGAACUUGAGAGGCAUUCCGCUCCCGUCAUCACUGCCUUGUUGUGAAUGUGUUGACGAUUGUAUCUGUGUGGAUAUGCCUCCCUUUUUUGGGCGGUGUGUUGAACGAGGAUAAGCUUCAGUGUUCUGUCUGUUCUAUUGUUAGGGUCUUGCUGCGUAACUACCAUAUUCUGUCUGUCUGAGUGAACAGCACAGGCCAGCCCACUAAUAUUUUUAAUGCUUUGUAAUCCAAGUAUAAUUCGUCUUUCCAAAUAACCUGUAAAAUAAUGUUCCCAUUCUGCAGACUAAGAGUUCAGGUUGAGAGUAUAUGGGCUGUACUAGCUCUUAUUGUCAUAGUUCAACGACAUAUUCUAGCCAGGUAAAUACACUCAAGAAAGGUGUGAAAUAGGGUCAGUGAGGGAGAAUCUCAGAGGCUAGAGAAAGAGACCUGGAAGGUCACAUUUGGUUCCCAUGCUUGAGGCUUCUCAUCCCUUGGUUGGUAUGUCGGAGUGUAGCCCUUUCAGCAUUUUACCUUUCUGACAUCUCAUUGUCCAGUUAUCCUGAGCUUUAAUAUUUACCUUCACAAAGUCAGUGCUACACCCCAUAGGUAAAUAUCCCAGGAAGUUUUUCUUAAUAGGCCUUAACUUGCAAAAAAAAAAUUCCACUUGCAAAUGUCUUCUAGAGGAGAAGAUGUGUUAGUAUUUUGUCUUGUGACAAUAGCACAUCCAUUACUAACAAAUGAUGUGGACUUUAGUCAUGCCAUUAUAAAUUAGUUAGGCUUUAAGGUACCACAAAACUUUCCAAUUUUGCUUUCAACACCUAAGGGCAAUUAGAUGUAAAGAUGUUGAAGGAAAGGGAGGUGGUUAAGGAAAAUAGUGACCUUGAGGUUGUAGGUGCUGUUGUGAUGGAUACAAUAAGGAAUGCCUACUGCUGUGCAGGAGUGUACAAUAUUGAUGACUGAAAUUAUGUAACACAGGAUUUUUUAUAAGUGUCCUUUAAACCACAUCUUUGAAUUUCUUUACAUUCCAAAGCUGUACAGUACACUUGCAGUAACAGCUUUCCUGACUUCAGACCACAUCUUUGAUUCUGCCAUUGUGUUUUUCUACUAUAGCUGUGUUUUCUUCUUUAGUGUUUGCCUAGACAGCUUCGAAACGAAUAUCUAAUUUUAAUUCAAAACCCUAAUAACUAGGUUAUUUUACAGACAGAACUUAAAAUUCAUGUAGAACAAAUAAUUGUAUUUCUGGGAAAUUCCCUUCCUUCCUUUUUACUUUUCCUUGUACAGGAAAAACACAACUGAACGAUUUGUAUAUGUUACACAUUACAUUGUAUAUGCAUUAUACUAUACAUUACUUAGUUGCAUUCUUCUUUCGUUUAUCAACACACUGCUCAGACUUGUAACUUGUCUGAAAUGUUCACUUUAAAUUAUUGCAAAGGUAACUGUAGGCAUUAAUGGAAUAAGAUUUCGACCAAUUACUUUUAAUAACAAUUUUCUUAUGAGACAUUUUUUAAUUACAUAGAAUUCCAGUUUGCCUUACUAGUUUGCAAACAAGUAGACAUUUCUUUCAUAAAGUGUUUUCUUUUUGACAGAUAUUCACAUCAAACAAAAGUGCAAUGUAAUUUGUCUUUAUUGUAAAGCUAUACAAGUAACAGUUGUUCAGCUAUCUAGUGCCACAGGAUAUAUGUGAAUAUCUGGAAAAUCUAGACACUCCACUCUAUUCUCUUCUAAAAAUGCUUUUUGGGUAUUUUGACCAUUCUUAUUUGUUAACUUUUUCAUGGUCAGCUCAGGGGAAUGAUACACAGAGCAUGUAGCAUCUGUUGUUUCUGAAAAUGACUUAAUGGUUUGUAUGUAGGUGGGGCAUUGAACAACCAGUCAGCCUUCAAAACAAAACAAAAAAGCAUUGUUCAGAAGCAGCAAACUCUUUAAUGGCCAAUUAGAAGCCUGGAGAAACAAAAUUGUUCUAACCUGGCACCUGAAGGUCAUUGGGUUAUGCACCAGGUAACUGAGAUUAAGAAUCUGAUAUGCCAGCACCAGAAAUACCAUAUCCCUUGUAGUUGUUCACCUCUUCUCUCCUCACUCCCUGAUUGUACAGAGAAAGGUUAGUUUGUGAACCAGACAGUACAUGUGUGGGUUGAUUGUGGCUAUGCUUCUACCAGAAGGCAUAAUCACAUAAAUAUUUUCUGGUUUGUUGCAUGCACUUUCCAGUUUAUGGUAUUUUUCCUCUGUGAUUUCAUGUAUGUAAAAUGUGGAGAAAUGAGUAUGAAACAGUUUUCUCUCUUUGACCUUUUUAGUCUGAUUGUGAGGCAGAACAGAGAGUGCCCACAUUUCGCUGUACUGCUGAGAUUUCAUGCGCUCCUUAACCUCCUCACUUUCUAUUCCUCCUUACUGGUUUCAAAUGCCAUGCGUUUUAUUUCAAACAGGAUUUCUACUCUUCAGCAAAUCUAGUACCACAGGAUUUGCUUUUUCUUUUUUUUCUUUUUUGCUUGUAAGUAAAAAAUAGUUUUUAGCCUGGUAAUUCAGGGUGGAGUGAUCAUAACAGAGGAAAGAGAUCAGCUCUGUUGCUCUGCACUGCCCAUCAGAACAAUUUAUGGAUUCAACUCACCUCAUCCUAGAAGCCCAGUGGUGCAAGUGAAGCAUUUCCAUAUUGCUGAAGCAAGUAUGCUUCAGACUGGUUGUUUUCAAAUAGUUUCCCUUCAGGAUAACCUUUCCAUAGUGGGCUGCGAACCUCUGCCUGCCUGCCUGUCUGUAAUGGAACCUCUGUGUAUUAGAAAUGUUUUCAUUGUGCAGCUUUUAAUUAUGAAUAGGAAGAUGACUGGUUAGCAACCUCUCUAGAGUGUAAUGGAUAUGAGCAAUAUUUCUUACAGCUUAGAAGUGUUAGCCCAAACAAUAAUUUAACAAGUAGAAUAAACCAAAGUACAAAUGAAGUUAGCCUCAAGCCAUUUUAUUACAUUAAGUUGUUUCUAACUAGCCAUAAGAAGUUCAUAUCAGUCUAUUGGCUCUCUUGCCCAUGUUGACCACAUUCAAACAAGCUUAUGACACAAAAUAUGAUAGCUUGAAUCAGCUCUUCCUCUGCUUCCUGAUGCCUUUUCAGCUGUCUUUCUUUUUUAUUCCUAAGGUUCUGUCUUCAGUUUCUCUUUCCCCUCCUAAUUGUCACCAAGUUACCCCCCAUCCCCACAUCUUUCCCCCACCCCCUUCCCUCCCUUCCUCUUUUACAGCAGUCUAUUUGCUUCCUUUCACUUGCCCUUUCAUGACUUCCUAGGAGUAGGCAUUCCAUGGUUGACUUAUGUGGAGCACUGGUUGGGCUUAACUGGGCCUCAUCAUUGUCCUGUGUGAACUAACAUUCCACCUGGGACACACCAUACCCUCUGCUGCCACAGAGCAAGUGCAGGAAGGCUUGUCUGGCAGUACAGAUUCUUCCCACUGUGGAUUCCCUGAUGAACUUACCCCAACAUUCCCCGGAGUGGAGUUUGAAAAGUACUUCUGUGAUUACCACAGCAGGGACUCAAGGAUAACUCUUAGCACUGCUCUAGUUUGAAGCUCAAAUUGAACUGGGCUUCAGGAAAAAUUGACUCCAUUGAGCUGAAAGAGGAUGGGGGUGGGAAUGAAAUGUGAGCAGAAGACAAAGAAUCAAUCUUCAGAUAUCCUCAGGAUGUCUGUUGUGUGAACUACUCUACAUUUUGCAGACUAUCUUAAAAUAGCCUUCCUGUAUAUCACUCUAUGCCUUUGAACUUUUGCUCCCCUGAUACCUACUGGCCACAUAAAUCCUUGCUUUUCCUGUGUUAAUAAUAUAACGGAGUGGAGUGGGGAAAAUUCACUUUUGUCCGCUUUUAUUGUACUCUGCCUCUAUUUUUUAUGAGCAAUUUGCAAGUUGAGAAGGAAGAUGGUAAUGUGUGUGUGUGUGUGUGUGUGUGUGUGUCUACUUCUUAAGGCACUAGGUUCGCAAACCUCUGACAUGGAGCAAUUUAGUUCAAGUUAGUCCUGUUCAUAUUUACUUGGAAGUAAGUCCUGCUGAGUUAAAUGCUAUUGAAUGUGUUUAGGAUUGCAGCCUGAAAUGCUGUAUCAGAGCACAGGUCUAUCUUGUCUAGCAUUCUCUCUCCAACAUUGGUUAGCCAUAUACCUUGGGAAGUACACAGGUGGCAGUCCAUGAUGUUUUUGUUCAGUAUCCCUUGGUUUAUCCUAAAACUUUUAAUAAAAAGCAAUGGGGGGGGGCUAAUGUUUAUCAUGCCAUAUGGUGGUUAAUUAAUCCCAUAAAGUACUUACAUGAGGUGUAAUGAAGGAAAUGUUUCAUAUUCUGUAUCCAUUCCAAAUAUAUCAUUCCUAACCAUGUACAUAUUUAUCUAUAUUUAUAUAUUUUUCUAAAUGAAAAAAGACCUGUCUUGCUCGGUCUUCUUCCACAGGGAAGAUUAUUUAUUUAUUAUUAUUAUUAUGUAUUUACUAUAUCCCACCUUUCUUCCAAGGACCUCAAAAUGGCAUAAAUAGUUCUCCCUCCCACCCCAUGUUAUUCUCACAGCAAACCUGUGAGGUAGGCUAAGAGACAGCGACUGACCCAAGGUCACCCAGUGACGUUCAUGGCUGAAUGAGGAUUUGAACCCUGGUCUCCCAGGCCCUACCUAGCCUGACAUAUUGUAGAAUAGAACACUGAGCACUACACAACACAGGCUCCAACCCCUAAAUCAUUUUAGUUGCCUUUUUCUGUACCAUGUCUCUUAGAAAUUUGUUGAUCAGAACUCUUCACAGUGUUUUAAAUAUGGCUGCACUACGAUGCGCCAUGAUACAUGAAAUUAAAUAUUCAUUCCCUUUCCCAAUAUUUGAAUUUGGCUUGUUGCUAUAGCACCCAGAGCUGAUGUCUUAGUGAAUUGCCUAUUAGCACAGAUAGCAUGUGAAACUGGUUGCAGUAUGGUUGCCUAAAUGUAGCAGGGAGGGUGGACUGCCAUUUAAAAACAAGAACAAAGUUAAUAGAGCACAAUUACAAGGAGCUGAAGCUUUUCUUUUAUUGACAGUGUGCAACAGAAAUACAGAAUUUCUGUCCUGCAACAAUAAAGAAUUCCUCGUAUCUUCUAUCCUGCCUUUAUUUCCCCCCUGUGUAAAGCAGGAAAUGGAUAGCCCAAUAAAAUGUUGCUAGGUAAUUGUUUAUGGAUGUGGGUAGUGGAAAAAUAAUUGUCACAUGGUUUAUUUGAGAGCAGAUUGGAAAUAAUGCUACUUGGCAUGCCAGCUAUAAUUGAAUUCAUCUAGCUUUUAUUGUGGCUGUCAAAGUCUGUUAAUUUUUCAUUUAUGUUACUAAAAUAAGUGAAUUAUAUCAUUCAGGGAAACACUGAACAAACAUAGUGAUUUUUACAUGUUUUCUCUUUAGGACUGGCAACCUAGGCAACUGACUAGUCCAAUAUUGCUAUUUGUCUGCCUAUUAGUUGGCCAUGAUCAAAUGCUCCAUAAGGCAAAAAUGUUGCUAUGUGGGUGACAGCCGAACUUGUUUCUGUAAUCAGUCUAACUUUCAAAUCUGAUUGAUUAAAGGGUUGUUGGCUCUUUUGUUCUUAUACAUAACCAUUCUUUUACAAAAAUUUGAUCAACCAGCUAACUAACCAAAUCUCUUUCAUCUAGCCGUAGGGCCUAACCUUUUUUUUACUUCUGUACACUCCCAUAGAUUUUAUUUGCAGAUAAUGGUGAACUUACAAGCCUGCAGCAGACAGAAGUGGAAAUAUAGUGGGUGACUCAGUGAUGGUGACAGUUGUAGAAAUCCCCAUUCAGGGAGAGUUGGCUACUGAUCUCCCUACUUACUGUUAGAAGGGUUGCCCUUCAUGUUUUGUGUCUCAGUUUGUUGAUUGUUUCAAUUUUAGUAUUCUUAUUUCCCAUUCCACAGGUAUCUGUUGGAGCAGGAUUUUCCAGGAAUGAGGAUUGGUCCAGAACCAACUACAGAUUCCUUCAUUGCUGUCAUGUAUGGAGACACCGAAGGGAGUGUUCCAGGGAAUGCUCUUGUAGUAGACCCUAAAAAGCCGUUUCGCAAACUCAGCCGUUUUGGAAAUGCAUUCUUGAAUAGGUAAGUAAUGGUGGGUGGGAGAACAAUUCUUGAUGCUGUGUGCAGACUUGUUUUGUUCUUGGGGUUGAAUUGCACUCAAUGAAUACUCCCAAGAUGGAAUGCUAGAGUACUGUAAGUAUUCAUUGUAUGAGUUGCUUGUUGGCUGCAGCUAUGAAGCUUUCUCCUCCCUCAAAGUAUUGAAUUCAAUGUUUUUAAAAACAAGAAAAUCCAGAAAUUAUAAAUUAUUGGGCAUGAUCUUAAAUAUGUGCCCAGCCCUCUUCCAUUGAUCAGAUUGUCCCUGCUGUUUGCUAUCUUGGGAGUAGAAUAUGUCUACAUUCCUUAGUUUUGAUUAAAAUAAUGGCAGGUGUGUGUCAGUGGUGGAGAGGCGGCUGCAUAUUGCAUAUUUAUUUAUUCCUUCACCAUUUUUCUUUUCAUUUGUCUCCUACUCCCAUGAGAAAUGUAGAAAAAUAAGUGAUCAAAACAGUUGUGUGUUUUUAAAAAGGAAAACUUCUUUCUGUUAGACUAAAUUACAUUAUUAGAAUUGCUGUGAUGCACAUCUAAUAUUAAUGCUUUUAAAGCAAAAGCUCACAAAAUGAAUGUCCUUGUAGAGCAGGGUUGGAGAAUUAGAUCCAUAUGACAGCCUGAAUCCCUAAUGCCUUCCUGCCCACCUAUGGGCCAGCUUUCGACAGGUGAGUGGGACCAGCAUAUGAUGUCAGGGGUGGGGCAGGCAGACAUAGCUAUGGCAAAAGGCUUCACAAGGCCAGAUUGGGACCCAUCUCAGACCUGAUUAGGCCUGCUGGCUGUGGGUUCUCCAGCACUGCCUUAGAGCACUGAGUAAAGACCAACACAAAGUUUGGGUGCAUGCUGAAAGUAAUGUGUGGGUUUUUCAGAAAACAAUGAGACUUCUAAGUGUAAAUAAGAAUUGCAGUUUUAUCUAGCCCCAUGUAGUACUUUCAAGGACAAUAUUUAAGGGGGACCAAAUGCAAACUAUAUUAGUGCUUAGGUUUCUUUAAUGGGCACUCCUCGGAUGUAACUGGGGCAAGACUGCUCCACAUUGUAUCUGUACCGUAUUAGUAGUUGUCAUUCUGUUGUUACUCUGCUGUAUUCUCAGUACCCCUUGUAAGUUCUGAAUGCACCCAUUUAAGUGGUUGAAACACCUUCUGACUAGUGAUUUCUGGAAGAGUUUGGAAGACCUUCAAGGAUGAUGACUCAAAACUUUCCCAAUAGUAAAUGAAAACCUUUGAAAAAUGAAUAAAUGAGCCAAGAAGAAUAUUAUUUGGGGGUGGGAGCCAUAAACUACUUCUCUCUUGGCUGUGGGUGAGCCUCACACUAUGGUAAGGGCCGUGAAAAUAUUAGACCAACUCCCAUAGCAAUGACUCAGGCUUUGCAUGGUUUAUAGGUAUUUGCUUUCUAGCUUGCCAAAUACCAGAGCUGCUCCAGAUAAGACACCCUGGAAGUUUGAAUGUCUAAAUACAUAAAUUUAAGCUCUGUAUCUCACUUUGUCCAUGGAGUUUUCUUGGCAGGGAUACUGGAGUGGCUUGCCAGUUUCUGCUCCAGGUGGAUCACGUUUGGUCAAAGCUCUCCACUAUGACCUGUCCAUCUUGGGUGCCCUGCACGGCAUAGUUCAUAGCUUCUCUGAGUUAUUCAAGCCCCUUCGCCACGGCAAGGCAGUGACCAAACUGCGGGAGGCAGUGGAAGACAGGAGUGCCUGGCGUGCUCUGGUCCAUGGGGUCACGAAGAGUCGGACACGACUAAAUGACUAAACAACAACAAUCUCACUUUACUGCCAUUAAUCUGCUAAACGUUGGCUGCUCUCUGUGGGCAUUGGUGUUUUGACUGAUAAGCUACAUUGGUGUUUUGACUAAUAAGCUACUGCACGGCAUAGUUCAUAGCUUCUCUGUGGGCACUGGUGUUUUGACUGAUAAGCUACAUUGGUGUUUUGACUGAUAAGCUACUGCACGGCAUAGUUCAUAGCUUCUCUGAGUUAUUCAAGCCCCUUCGCCACGGCAAGGCAGUGACCAAACUGCGGGAGGCAGUGGAAGACAGGAGUGCCUGGCGUGCUCUGGUCCAUGGGGUCACGAAGAGUCGGACACGACUAAAUGACUAAACAACAACAAUCUCACUUUACUGCCAUUAAUCUGCUAAACGUUGGCUGCUCUCUGUGGGCAUUGGUGUUUUGACUGAUAAGCUACAUUUUUAGUACCAUGUUACUCUGUUUUGCCUGUAGUUAUCAGCAGGUACAGCAUGCCAAUGAGUUCAUAAUGUUCUUCAGGUUUCCACCACCACCCAUUGAUCAAGGAGAGCCCUAAAGGGUUCAUUGGUCACCAUUGUGUGUGUUUGUUUCUGGCAGCAUAAGUAAGAGACUGAGAGAGCUUUAUGAUGAAGUAUUACUGUGAGGCAGAUGUUUUCCAUACCUCUCUCACUCUUGACGUGGAAACAGAGUUAGAGCUACAAGCUCCAAUUCUGCUACCCUGGCAGGAGCAAAACAAUGCUGCUAAGUUUUGUUAGCUUCGCUGCACCCCCUCCCCAGGCCCACGCCAUUGCACCCCCACCCCCAAUAUGUGGAACCAGUUUCUAAACUCUGGUUCUGCUUUUGUGGCAUGAGCAAUGGGAAAGGGAAGACAAGGGUGGGGUGCAUCCUGUUCUUCAAGUGUACUCACACCCCUCUUCGGCUUUGGUUGUUUUCAGUCAUUCUCUGUGGGGUUUCUUCCGCUCUCCCAACGCACAUAGAAACAAACUUGCCUAGCUCUUUCUAAUCAGAUAGAUGCUGUUAAACAUAUUGUUACACAGGGCUGCUUCUCACUUGUAAAAGGUUUGUAGAAUGCUAAUUUUACUAAGUCUAUAUUAAAACUUCAGACACCUUGCAUUUAUACUGCUGUAUAAUGUCUUUCCCACUUUUUACUUUUUUGCUGCCCUUAUCCCCUUUCCUAUAAAUAGCUUAGCUGUAUUGCACAGUGCUAUCUCCUUAUAUCACUGCAGUUCUUGUUUUUCUUGUAAAACUUGCUCCUACUUCUUCAUUGCUUGGCUUCCGGAAAAUUUUAAACAUUGUGUCAUUGUUUAGCUGGAAUAAAAGAGCUCAGUCUUCUCCUAAUACUGGCUUCUUUAGCUUCUAGUAAUACUCAGCUGAAGUCAAAAGGAUUUUGCAGAAAAUAUGAUAGCGCAGGAGGAAAAUCACAUUCUCUAGAAUACAUUGUAAAACAUUUUUUUCCCCAGUUCAAUCUUAAAUCUGGUUUUAAAGCUCUUUUUUAUACAAUCUGGUUUUUAAAAAUCUGCAGCCCACACCAUACAAAACAUCAGUGAUUGCAUCCAACUUUAGAUGCAGUGCUCUCACUAACAGUGCAUGCUAACAGGAGGGUGAGAGAUUUUUGCCAUGUCUUCCUCCUCCUGCAGCCUGGAGCAUGCUGCAAAAUCUGUUCUUAAGGGUCAGCCAAUCCCCCAGAACAGAUUUGUGGGGUGAGUAUCAUUGAGAGCUGCAAGGAGGAGAAGGAUUUGCAAAAACUGCUGCUGCUUCUCUUCUCUUCUGUUAGCAAAUAUUUCUGUUUGAGCAACAGCACAAGGACAACCAAUAGGAUUGCACCCUAGGAAUUAUUUUUUAAAAAUGGGGGAAGCAGUAUUAAAAGUGGAUGAAACUAAGCAGCAUACGUUACUCCACCUGGUAUGUUUUGCUUGCUGUGUUUUCUUAACUUGUGCACCAGUGUGAAAAGACUCUCUUAACUAGGAUAUGGGUUAGAAUUUGUCAAUAGCCAUGUGUGUUUUAUAGUUUUUGGUCACUUUUUCCCCUUUCAAGAAUGAGGAAGAAAUCUUACUCUUGCUUCUCCUUCACUACUUGCUGUGGUUGGUAUGUGAGAAAUUAGGGUCCAGAUACCCACUCCAUCAUGAACUGAUCUGUUAUUUCUCCCCCCCCCCCCUUUCCCUUAGCCCAUCCCAUAUUUAUUGUAACAUUAAUUCAGCACAUCCAAGUCACAACUGUAACCAAUGGUUAUUCUCUAUGUGGCAUGGCUCUUCCUAAAACUACAUAAGUUUUGUUUUUGUACAAGGAUGCUUUGAUAGGAAAUCCUGUAUGUAUUGAGAUAAUGUUCUCAGGAAAGAACCAAGUCCGUCUUGACAACUGAUCAUUUGUACUGACAUUACUUGAUCACAGAGAAGAGAAUAUAAUACAGCAAGGCUUUUCUUCUUUUUGUAUGGCAGGAAGGGAGUUUAGAAUAACACCCCUCACAUAUUGCAAGGUAGUGGGAUGGUAAGAAGGGUUACACCCUGCCAUGCAGUCAAUGAGCAUGAGAAGUGCCCCCUGCAUUCCCCAAUGUUGGCAUAGUAGAGUAUUUCCAUGUGAGGGGGGGAUCUCGGGAUAUUCGCUCUUGGAAUUUUACUUUUAGAAAUAUGGCAACCCUACAUGAAAGAGCCCUUUCUCACAUGUAUGGCUGAAGGGGAGGUGCUAGUCCACAUAAAUCCACAACCCCCUCUUGCAUUUCUUUAACUUUCAGAGUGGUUUCUUUCUCUGCAUAUAUCCAUAAACAUAUAUAACUUCUUGUUAUUUAGUCGUGUCCAACUCUUUGUUACCGCAUGGACCAGAGCACACCAGGCACUCCUGUCUUCCACUGCCUCCCGCAGUUUGGUCAAACUCAUGCUGGUAGCUUCAAGAACACUGUCCAACCAUCUCAUCCUCUGUCAUCCCCUUCUCCUUGUGCCCUCAAUCUUUCCCAACAUCAGGGUCUUUUCCAGGGAGUCUUUUCUUCCCAUGAGGUGGCCAAAAUAUUGGAGCCUCAGCUUCAGGAUCUGUCCUUCCAGUGAGCACUCAGGGCUGAUUUCCUUAAGAAUGGAUACGUCUGAUCUUCUUGCAGUCCAUGGGACUCUCAAGAGUCUCCUCCAGCACCAUAAUUCAAAAGCAUCAAUUCUUCGGCGCUCAAUCUUCUUUAUGGUCCAGCUCUCACUUCCCCUACAUCACUACUGGGAAAACCAUAGCUUUAACUAUAUGGACCUUUGUCAGCAAGAUGAUGUCUCUGCUUUUUAAGAUGCUGUCUAGGUUUGUCACUGCUUUUCUCCCAAGAAACAGGCAUAUAUAUAUAUAUAUAUAUAUAUAUAUAUAUAUAUAUAUAACUUAAUCUAACAGAAAUGUUAUCUGAUAUACUUAGGGGGUCCCUCAUUUGUUGUUCAGAUACAGAAAAGGAUUUUCUUGCUUUUCCUAGAGGUCUGAAAACUAAUAUUAAAAUAACUGGGCCCUUUUGUUUUUCUCUGCAGGUUCAUGUGUGCUCAGUUGCCCAAUCAGGUUCUGAAGAGCAUUAGCAUCAUAGACAGCCCCGGCAUUCUUUCAGGAGAGAAACAGCGAAUACGCAGAGGUGAGCUUGUUGCUUUGUUUUAUCUAUAGUAAAAUGUAUGUCCCACCCUUUCCCCAUCCCAGAGCGCUUAUAACAAACAAAACAACAUCAGGUUCUUAAUUAAAUAAGUAGUGCAGAAAAAUAAUUGCAGGGACUAGUGACCUGUUUUGCUGUACAGGCUAAUCCAGCUAAUCUCUUGAGUGCUUGCUCUAUCAGUUUGGCAACAGCAUGGUCCAGUAACAUUCCUGGAAGUCUCUGGUGCCUUGUUUUGAACUAAUGCCUGCUGAAUGGAUAGGGACCAGGUUUUAUUAAAUCCAUGUUUUGCGUUCUGUUGUGCAUGGGUUGGUAUUGCUUUCUAUAAGGUGAAAACUCACAGCCCUCAUCUUUAUACAACUAGAGUUCAUUUUUUCAAAGAGACAACAGAAUAUAUACUGGUAGCAGGAUAAAGGUCUGUUUCAAUGCUUGACCUCCCAGUUAUCAUAGUUCCUCCUCAUGGAGGCUUAUUCAAUGAUCCAGUUCACACGUCACAUUAAACCACAGUUCAAAACAAGCUGUGGUUUAAUGUGCAGUGCUACUCUUCCCCAACUCCUACAGCUGCUGGGAAUCAAGCUCUGGCUUGUUGUGAUGUCUGAAUGUGAGUUCAUGGUUUAUUUUUAUCAUCCUGACCCAACAAACCAAGCCCAUGGUUUAUUCUGUUUUGGAGAAGCACAAGAUAAAACUUGAAGUUUCUGUUCCCCUUGCAUUUUUGUCCAAUGUCAGGCUGGAGGAUAAUAUUAAUUUCAAAACUGAAGCAGAAUCUGUUGGAUUGUUAAAUGCAAGGGAGCUCUUAGAUGUCAACUCUGUGUGAAAGUUCACUAUUUUACUUGUUGGAUCAGUCUCUCUCUCUCUCUCUCUCUCUCUCUCACACACACACACACACACACACAGAGAGAGAGAGAGAGAGAGAGAGAGAGAAGCCUCAUUUUGCUUUCCAAAAUGAAAAUGUUUAUUUUAAAGACCACCCAGCUGCUUUCGUUGAGCACUUACAUAGUUAUCUUCUUCCUACCAUUUCCUCUUCUUGGCUGAUAUCUGAUUUGCCAGUGAUCUCAUAUAACAUCUCCAUCUGUCAGGAAAUCUCCUAAUCUAGGGUUCUUUCUCUCUCUCUCUCUCUCUCUCUCUGUGUGUGUGUGUGUGUGUGUGUUUUAGAAGGUCUGUUUCUUAAUUGACUUAAAAACAGUGACUACGUUGGAAGUGAUCCAGCCAAAAUUAAUGGCAAUUUUUAAAACAAAAUUCAAUAGGAGAACUAGGUGCAUAAUUAAAUAUUACUUUGAAAUUCUGUAAUAACUGAUGACAGAAUUUCUGUCAGAUAAAAGUUCUACAUUUUGUGAUUUAAAAUACCCUUUGCAUCAUCAAAGCUAGCAUGAACCUGCAAGAAGUCUCACUGAAUGUAUCUAAGGUAUCUUGAGUUUGCCCCAAUGCAACAUCUGAACUCGCUGUUUUCCCAAGCAUUGUAAAAUUAUGUCCAGACUCUUCUCAAAGUACCUAUGUUAGAAAAUUAAAAUUACUUCUAAAUAAUUCUAAGCAACGUCAGAUUUUAUACCCUCCCCUCUCUUUCCCCCCUUUCUCUUUCAGGCUAUGACUUCUGUCAGGUUCUGCAGUGGUUUGCUGAGCGUGUUGAUCGUAUCAUCCUCUUAUUUGAUGCCCACAAACUUGAUAUUUCUGACGAGUUCUCAGAAGCAAUCAAAGCGUUCCGGGGUCAGGAUGACAAGAUCCGGGUUGUGUUGAAUAAGGCUGACCAAGUAGACACCCAGCAGUUAAUGAGAGUCUAUGGAGCACUCAUGUGGUCUUUGGGGAAAGUGAUUAACACUCCAGAGGUGUUGCGUGUCUACAUUGGCUCUUUUUGGUCUCAGCCCCUGCAAAACUCAGAGAACCGAAAGCUGUUUGAGGUGGAAGCACAAGAUCUGUUCCAGGACAUCCAGAACCUACCACAAAAGGCUACAGUGAGAAAACUGAAUGACCUUAUCAAGAGAUCACGACUUGCAAAGGUAAAAUUGUGGGAUAAAGCUUGGCUUUCCUUGAGCACUUCUUGGUGAAGUGCCUUUUUUGUUAUCUUCUCCGCUUUCUGUGCAGCAGUGGACAGUCUCUGUAAAGUGAGUUGAGCUGACAGUAUUAAAUCAAGGUGAUUAUUGUUUUACUUUUAUGGGAGGAAAGGAAACAGGGACCUGUGGUCCUAUACUUGUUCAUAAAUGACUUGGAGUUAGGUAUGGACAGAAAAAGAUUGCUGAUGACAACAAUUUUUUCAGGUUGGAACUAAAAAAGGGAUUGCAGGGAACUCCAAAAGAUCUCUCCAAAUUGGGUGAAUGAACAUUAAAAUGGCAAAUGCCGUUUCAGUGUAAGCAGCUAUAAAGUUAUGCACAUUGGGGCAAAAAAUCCUAACCAUAUGUGGAGUCUGAACUGGUAGUGGUUUAGCACUAAAAAGAUCUUGAAGAUUCUAGUGGACACCCAGUGAAACUUCUGACCUAGUGUGCAACAGCUGUGAAAGAAAAGGACAGUUUCUCAACCCAUCUUCCUUCCUCCAAUCAUCAUCAGCCCCUCAAAAGCUCAUCCAGAGAGUCUGGGGCCCUCCUGAACUAUCUGGGAUGGGGUGGUGGUGAGGGCAUGGGAAACAUUCCUUUUAUAAACAUCCUUAUCUUAGGAUCAAAGUCCAAUUUUGGACAGUGCUCCCUACCCCACCCAGUCUCGUGGGGCUUGAGGGGGUGUUGUAGCUGACUGCAAGGGUGCGUGGAUGAGAGGUGAAACUUUGCUUCCUUGAACUUCCUUAGCUUAACAUAGAAUCUAAGCCAAACUGUUAAUUGUCUAAGUGGCAAACAGAGUUGAAAAGGAAGUUUGAAAUGACUUUAAAUGGAUUCCAGUCAAUACAGCAGUUCUUUUAGAGCACCACAUUCUUUCUUUCUUUUUGUGGGUGUUUGUUUUCUUUUAUAGAAAAGCAAAAGCAUUAUGUAGGUUCUCAUUUUGAUGUUGCCUUCGCCUCCUAAGCAUACUCUUGAAAUUCCUAUCAUGUUAGAAUAAUUGAGUAAGUCAGUUGUCAGCUCCCUAUCAACUUCAGGGUCUUAUCAGCCGCUCUGGUAUUCCUUGUGCGCAGUGUGAUAAGUCAUAUUUAAAUGCUUUGAAGGCUGAAAACCUCAUCUGCAAAAGCACAAUGGGGGCUUUGAAGAAAUGUAAUUGGUUAAAUGAGACAGGGGGAAAUACUAUUGAAGACAUUCAGCAUUUGACUUCCCAUACUCCAUGCAUCAAAAUCUUGUCAUUCUAUCAUGGAUCACAUUCAGUAAGAAUGUAGAAACCUGGUGGAUCAGUGUCAUAAUUUGCAUAAAAAUAAUAUACAGACACCAUGUUUUAAGCGCAUUUGCACAUACUUGAUCAAUACAUCCUAACUGGAUCCUCACCUUCAUUCUGUUACAGUAGCUCGCUCACAUCUUGCUUGCUUUCUCUGAUCUUUGCUUGGUUCUUCUCUAUGUUCCUUAUGUCUGUAUUUGUCUGUCUAUGUAGUUAAGUGCUUGAUGUUUCUGCUUCACAUUGUAUUAGAUGGGUGAUUAAGUGAUGGAUAGGAAGAAGGGUUGUAGGGUUUGUUCUUGCUAAAGUGACUAUUCAAUAAACUUUUAAAGUGAUUCAUUUCAAUCAGUUUACUGUUCAUACAGUUUACUGUAUGAUACAUAAAUAGUAGCUUAAUUUUUCAUAGACAGGAACUGCUCUGCUUUCCUCAUGGCAUCUCUUUGUGGUUGUCUUUAAAUACAGAGGCAGCAAAUAUAUAACACACACUUCUAUUUUGGUUUCAUUUAAUCGAUAUCAUUGGCCUUGCUCACAUGCCACUUUAAACCAUAGUUAAACUUAAGUAAGCUAUGGUCUGGCUUAGCAAUACCUGGGCAAUACCUGAACCUGGGCAAACAAACCAUAAGCAGAAAGCUAAGAACAAACCUUGGUUACAGCUUGUGGUUUGUUUGGAGAAAGACAAAUCACAAGCCCAGCUUUGGGUGUAACACUAAACCUGACCAUGGCUAGUUUCCUGGCUGUCUAGCAGCAGCAGGGAAGGAGUGAAAGGCGUGUGGCUUUAGCCCCAUGCACAACUAAGUUUAACUAUGGUUUAAAACUGAUGUCAAAACCAGACAUUUUAACUGAUAGAUUUGUAAUUUUUUGGAGGGGGAUGACAAUGACCACAUAGGUUAAAUUCAUAAAAGUUUAUGAGCAAAUAAUAUGCUUUCCGUUAAGGAGGCCCUAGCUUUCUUUAACGUAGUCAUUAUCUGCCAUCUCAGCCACCUGUAUUUGCACUAAGCUGCAAAGCGACAUCUCAGUAGUUUUCCUGGCUACCACUUUUUUCUCUCUUUCUUCAAGAGACAGAAUGUUAUAAUCCCUUUUUUUCUUCUUUUGGAGUUUUUGCAAAGCUAAAAUGAGUGUGUCAGUUAUAUGGAAUAUUUAGUAUUUGUGCAUUUUUUACAAUACAACAAACAUUAAACUGGUGUCUCUUGAGGGUUUUUCUUGUUCACAUCUGUUGUAAGGUAGGAGGCAUGGAAAUCACUGCUAACUUGAAUCGCCUGCUGUUCUGUUUUAGGUACAUGCUUAUAUCAUUAGUCACCUGAAGAAGGAAAUGCCUUCAGUAUUUGGAAAAGAAAAUAAGAAGAAAGAACUAAUCAACAAGCUACCUGAGAUUUAUAUUCAGUUGCAGCAACAGUACCAGAUCUCUCCAGGGGACUUCCCUGAUGUCAAGAAAAUGCAGGUACAGUACCUCAACAUAUGGAUAGUUUGUUUAUCUCUAAUUAUUUCAAUCACAGCUUUAUCAUAAAAAGUCUACCAAAAAAACAACAGCUUUAUCUAUUGUAUAAGGAAAUCAGACACUUAAUUUGUUUAUUCAGUACAUUUAUUUCCUGCCUUUCAAGGUGUCAUGCAUAGUUAUCCCCUACUCCUUUUUUUAAUCCUCACAGAUAAUAGGUAACCUCGUAGUUGAAUCUGGCUCGAAAUUAGAACCAUGUAGAAGGCACAUCAGUGGGAUUACUAAUAAGGCAUUGCUCAAAAAUGGCUGUUUCAGGUUUCAUAAGCCUGGACUACACAUGAGCCAAGCUACACAUGAUCCUGAGUUGCAUAUAGUUUUUUGCCUUGAAGUGGGAUUUUUUACUUUACAAAUCUAUCUUGUGGUGGUGGUGUCUUUAUGUGAAACCGAAGUUCUGUGCAGAGGGAGGAGGGGGAAGGCUUUAAAAGCUCCCAUCUCCAGUGUUUUUUCCCCUGGGAUCUCAAGAGGUAGUGGGGGAAAUCAAAACCCUGUAGGUGCAGAUACCAGUACCCCCUCCCUGGGGGACUUUGGGGGAGAGAGUUACUGAAAGAGUAAGGGGUCAAAAGCCCCAUUCCCCAUACUGGUCUUCUACUUGAUAUUGUAGCCUCUGCAGCUGCAUUUGGUGGUGUUGGGGCUUAUGGCAGAACUUCCAAGUUUGGCGUUGAAAGGUAUGUAGAUUAUGAGAAUGUCACCAGAAAGUUAGUCAUAUCUCUGUUUCUCUUCAAGUUGCUCAAUACCCUUCUGAAACAGAGAACAGCUGAGACAAUUGAGAAAUGAGUUGCUAACUGAAACUGUCACUCCAUGAACAAACACAAAAAGGUGUAUCUUUAAGAAUAUCAUCCAGUAAUUAAGGCUGACUACACAGCCAUUGUUGUGGCUGUAUUGUGGUAAGCUGAAUUUUUUGCAGGCUAUCCCAGAGUGGCAAGAUUCUCUUUGGAUUCACAUGCAGGCACCUCUUCAGAUCAUAAUUUGGCCACAAACUGGAAGCCAUUUGAAAUGUGUGUUAUGACAAGCUGUGACUUACACUAGAUGAUUCCACUGUGCCAGAACUGCCUGGAAACAUCAAUUUAGGGUGAUUUUGUUAUGCAAGAACAACCCAGUCAGACCCUAAGAGAGCCUCUUUUGUAAAGUAAAUAGAUAAGUAGGGGUGCAAUAUAAGAACAGCCCUGCUAGAUCAGACCAAAGGUCCAUCUAGCCCCAACUCCCUGUGCUCACAGUGAUCAAGCAACUGCCUAUGGGAAGCCUACAAGGAAGGCAUGAGUAUAAUAGCACUAUCUGCUUAUGAUCCCCAGGACAAUAUUUAAAGGCAUCUUGUCUUGGUUCUGGGAGUAGUCCAUGGAUGGCCAUCAUGACUAGUAGCCAUUGAUAACCUGAGCCUUUGUGAAUUUAUCUAGUCCCCUUUUAAAGCUUCCCAAGUUUGUUGCCAUCUCCACAUCUUGCACAAGCAAAUUCCAUAGUUUAAAUGUGCACUAUGUGAAGAAGUAUUAUAUCUGUGUCUUUGCUGGUACAGGGUAAAGGUUUGUAAGUACACAGUCUUACUGUCAACACUCCGUUGUUUCUCUUCAAGUACCUUGGCUUCCUUCUAUCUAAAGCAUUUCACAGAACUAUAUUUUUGUGUUGUUUUUCUAUGGUGCAGCCUGGGUAACUAUAAACAUGAACACGGCUUCCUAAAUUGAAGGCUUCUUUCAUGCAACAUUCAUUCUGGAAUCAUCCAUAUUCACACUUGACAGAUGCCAAGAAUUUUAUCAAGGAAUUGUUGAACAGUGUUCUUACUUGCAAUCAUUUCUUUUUCCAUUUCACAGGAGCAGUUGGAGAAAUACGACUUCACCAAAUUCCAUUCUCUGAAGCCAAAGCUGAUUGAAGCUGUAGAUAAUAUGCUGGCAAACAAAGUUGCCUACCUCAUGACUCUGGUGAGCCAGGAAGAGCGUAACACGCCUGCGCAGAAGGUUCAAGGUGGGGCGUUUGAUGGCACCACAGUAGGACCAUUUGACCAGGGCUAUGGGGAAGGUGCCAAGGAAGGAGCCGACGAGGAGGAGUGGAUUGUUGCCAAAGAUAAACCUAUAUAUGAUGAAAUCUUUUACACUCUCUCGCCAGUCAAUGGUAGAGUCUCUGGGGCCAAUGCAAAGAAGGAAAUGUUGACCUCCAAACUGCCCAACAGUGUCCUGGGAAAAAUCUGGAAGCUUGCUGACUGUGAUAACGAUGGCAUGUUGGAUGAGGAGGAAUUUGCAUUAGCAAAGCAUCUUAUCAAGAUAAAACUGGAGGGAUAUGAACUCCCCAGUAGCUUGCCUGUCCAUCUGGUACCUCCAUCGCAUAGAAAACCUUUGCGUGGGGCACAGUGAUAAACGCAUUCUAAAAAUGUUAAAAGUUCAGUACCUGUUACAGUUAAAGAUUGUAUAACACACUUGAAGGUAGGGUUCUUGUCAAGCAUUUUAGGGCCACUUCAAACAUUGAAUCUGUCCUGUAUGGAUACCACUUGCACACGAUAAAGCACAGAAGCUGUCUUGUACCUCAUGCACUGGGGAGCGAUGCUUAGUGGCAGUUCUCUCAUAUGUGCAUUUGUCCAACAUGUAUAUCUUGUAAAAUAAACACAUGUAUAGUCAUGGCAUGUGUCAUGACAGGCUCCAUAUGCUUUCUGGCAUUUGAAGUGGCCCUCAGUUAGAUGCUGCAUUCUGUGCACAUUACAGGAACUGGCAACAUAGCACAGGGAUAAACCUAUGUUAAUAGAUCUGAAGGCCCCUCAGUAAAAGGACAGCAGGGGGAGUGUUUCCUACAAGUGCCUUUGAAAAUUACCUUCUGGUUUUUGUGGGUAAGGUUUUUGACAUUUUUUUCCACUGUGUUUACAAUCAAAAUACUAAACUGGGAUUGAGCAGAUGUAAAAAUAGUUGCAACUAUAUACUAAACAAUACUUUGAUAACACAAUGCAAAACUACCUUUAUUCUUCAAAAGGAAAUCUAACAUUUUACACUUCCAAGGAGGCAGGAAUUUGUUCACUAAUGAUACUUGAAAAGAAAAUCCACCUUCUGCAAUUCCAUUUAGAGAUUGUAAGAAUGCGCUUCAGUUCAGUUUUUUUUUUUGUUUUAGCCAAAAAUUAAAGGCCUGUCUUGGACUAGGCUUCUUUACAAAGUCGUAUUUGUUUGGGGAAGGAGAAAAGGGGAACGUAUGCAUGGAAAGAGCUUUCAUAAGAAUAUGUAAUUGUAUUUAGAAAAUCAACAAAUUACUAUAUUUGAAAGUUAUAUAUAUUUAAAUUGACAUUUUAAAAAUCUUACUGCUCUUUAGCUACUGUUGAGGUUAUCACUGUUGUCUCUGUAUAAGUAGAAUAUAUAUGAAGAGCCCUGCUGGAUCAGGCCAAGGGUCCAACAGUGGAACCCAGUGUCAGGACAUGAAGGCAAUAGUCUCCGCAUUGUUUACCUUCACAUCUGCUAGUUGGAGGUGUGCUGUUCCUAAACAUGGAGAUUCUUUUUUAGCAUCAUGCCUGCUAGAUAGAACUAGUCUCUAUUUAUCUUAGGCAUUUUUCAAGCUAUCAAAUACAGAGGCCUUUGCCACAUCUUGUGGAAAUGAAUUCCAUAAGUUAAUUUUUGUUGUAAUACUGUGAAGCCCCUGGUAGUUGGUUGGUUGUUUUUUUUAAGAAAAAGAAUAAUGUGCAUUAUAUACAAAUAUUGACACCUCUGUUCACUGCAAUGAUGAUUUGCAAAAGUCCAUUUGGAGGGCUUAAUCCCAAAGUACGACUUGGCUGAAAACACACCUACAUACGUGACAGAGCUACUUUGCAGAAUAUAUAUAUAUAUAUAUAUAUAUAUAUAUAUAUGCACUUGUGUCAGUAGAGGGUGAGGUGACAAAUUAGUUGAUUAUAGUUUGCACAGGUUAAAGCAGUUUGAUCUACUAAUUCUAAGGCUUUAUUUUUAACAUCCACAGGAAACCUUCCAGUAUAUAACCUACAAAGCUAGAUUAUGACUGCCUUGUGGCAUGAAACCUGUACAGUGAAUGCAUCAAGGGAGGGCUACAGCAGUCUAGCCAAAAGGCCUGUAGGUGUCCUUUCAUGAAAGACAGAGCAAAUGAGUCAGUUUCUCCUGUUGCAUCAGCAAAGUACUAUUGAUUGACUUAAUCACUUAUGCUAUCACCUGUGGACUCAGUCGGAGCAACAAAUGAUGUCACCCAGAAAUCUUUACACUUUAUAUGAAACUGCCUUAUACAUAUUACUGGUCCAUCUGUCUUAGUAUUAUCUACUGUUAUCUAUUCUGGCACUCCAGGGUCUGGGGCAGGGUCUUUCCCAAACUAGUAACUUCAGAUCUUUCUAAACUGAGUUGUCAGGGAUUAAACUUUGGACCUGCUUAAAAAACAGAAGGCCCCUCCAUGUGUUAUGUGGAGAUCAGCCUAUCCCUAUACAGUAGCUCAGAAACUUAAGACUGAUGCAGUCAUUAUCUUAGUGCAUCCUUUUAAUGCUAUAGUUCAGUGAGAAAUCAAUUAACAAACUAACAGCUCUAUUCCUACUGUUACUAGGUUUGUGUGUAUUUGUUUACAGGCACAGACAUCACUCCGGAUAAGUAGCAUAGGCUAACUUAGUGUUGUUCUUGCUUUCUGGGGCUUAUGGUUUUCAAAAUAGUUGAUUUUUUUUUUGGCCAGGAUUGUGUUUGGAUAGGGGAAAGAAUGGGGAGGGUUAUGGGGGAGGGGGGGAAGGAAGGAAAGAAGACAAAUGAGUCAAGAGGCCAGACUUCAGGAAGAAGUUUGUUUAUGUUCUUGUUGCACCUUGAGUCUUUACCUGCUCCUUUGUGUUUAUUUCUUUGACAAUGCUUUAUUACCUUUUCAAAAGAAAACUGAAGUCACUGGAUGCUAGAAGAUAAGAUACUGCAAGAUCAGAUUUUAUCUGUUGCAUCACAUGUAGGCAGAAUAUAUUUUUUCUGUUGCAGCUCAGAAAUCCAAUUUCACUCGUAUUUAAUUGACCUCACGUUCUGGAGAAAAGUGUCUCUCUCUUGCUGCACUGUCUUUCUCUAGAACAGUUGUUAGUAUUUAUCUAAGCAUCUGCUUUUCUUGUGCAAUUUCCUCAGAUCUUUGUUUCUCCCCACCAUGAAAUCAUUUUUCCUGUUAUUUAUUAUCCUGCAGUGAUUUUAGAGGUUUUGUAACUGAAAUGUGCUGCAAUUUCAGCCGGCUAAGUCGAAACAACCAUCUUUUUGUCAGCUACAGUGUCAGAAUUUUUGAAUGACUUUUAAACGUGGUAGAGUUGCGGUUUUAAGUAAAGGCACACAAAUAAUGAAACUUGUUUGCUUGUUUUGGCUAUGAUCCUUAUUAUUUCAAGAACCCAAAGUUUUGAUCCAUGAGCCUCUUCAUGCGGCUUCAUACUUGGUGUAAGAAUCAGUGGAAUAUGAAACAUGACUGAUCUGGACAUCUUUUUUCAUGCUUCUAGAGUCUUUUGUGAGUUGCCCUUAUGCAAAUCUCCCUUGUGGCGAGCUGCAUCCUACAUUUAUAACACACACUGCAAUGUAAUGCAGCCUAAUCCUUAGUUUCCAAAGCUAGGCUAGUUGGGCAGCACAGCAUGGCCAUUAACAGAACCCCUUAUGGGUGAGUGUGUUUUUCUGAACUAAAGGAUUGCUAAAUUGGCUAUUGGAUCCAUAGAGGCCACAGCCCAAAAGGGAGAGCGCUUCUACUUACACUAGAAGGAAUACAAUAAUUGUUGGAGGGGGCCUUGUAUGCCAUGUAGUGCUGGAUGCAGGACAUCCAGAUGUGGAACAUCUGCAACUGAUGGUGGACCAGCCACUGCACCCAGCAAGGGAGAGCUGAUCCCUAGAAAAAUGGUUCUGUGAAAUCCCAUCCAGCAGAACUCCGCCUUUCUGAAAAUAAAUGAUGACAUGCAUUUGGGGUUUUUCUUUCUGCUGGGGUAUUUCAGAAACAUAAAACUUGAUACUGAAUUGGAAACUAGCUACUCACAAAUGACAUGUUUCCGCAUGUUUCCAGGAUAUAUGUGGCCUAGAAGUUUUGAAAAGAUGUAAAAUCUGGAUUUAGAAAAGAAUCGUUCUUUCUUCAACUCCUUUUCAUUAUCACUCAAAUAUUGUCAUCUUCAUUAUACCUGUUUGUAAUUAGUUUUAUUUCCAUAGUCUAAUAGUUAUAAACAUCCUCAAGGAUAUGAACCACUUUAUUUAAUCAGAGUCUCUAUACCAUUAUUGUUACAUAUUUAUAGAUCCAAGAUCAGGUCACUUAAAAAAUAAAUAACAAUGAUUGACCAAUCCUUAUAUUACUGUGAAAUAUUUCAAGUGUCAUCAAGAGAAUAUAUAUUAUUGCUUUUUGUUUGCUAAGGUUCAAAUAACAAAACUCUUGGUAGAAAUAUUGAUUUUUCUCCCCAAGAGCUUAAAUUCAUUGGUGUUGCACUUUGAUUAUCUGCAUGAAUCAUUACAGACGCUGUAAUAUAUUUUUGUAUAUGUUUAUAAGAUUUCUCCUUUUUGUGUGUAACGAUUCUGGGAAAUAAAAUUCGCUGUUUAAUUAAAGUUA